CGCCCGCCCGUCUCGCCCCUCGCCUCUCCCUCCUUUCUGCCGGUAAAACUGCUGCCAAAUCUCCCCCCGCUCCCGAGGUCGGUCGGGUGCGCGUGGUGCUCGCCAGCUGCCUUGCUAGCUACGACGCGCUCGGGGGUGGUGGUGCCGCCGCCGCCAGAGUCUCCUCCGCGAGUGCCCUCCAUCAUCCCAUCAACCUGCGUGCUUGUGUGUGCUUGGCUUGGCGAUUCGGAGGACUUGGACUGGGAUCCGCGCGUGGCUGCCUCUCCUCGAGAGCUGCGCUGCGCGCGGGGGACGGAUUUUGGGGGGCGGAUCGGCGCGGCGCAGAUCUGGAGGCGCAUGAGGAGGCGGCGGCGGAGGGGUAGCGGGAGCGAUGCGGUGCUGCUGCUGCGGAGGAGGGCGACUUGAGCCGGCGUGGGAAGGUGAUCCUGGAGGAGGAGGUGGCGGCGGAGGGGGAGGCUGGAGGAGGGAUGGAGGACGCCGCCGUGGCGGUGGCGGUCGCGGCCCCGCUCGCCGCGCCGGCGUUUAGCUCCGCCGUCACGCUGAUCGCCGCCGCGGCCGCGGACCCGAUCGCGGCGGCGGCGGCGGCGGCGGCCGUGGAGGGGGUCUCCGUGCCCCCGGUCCGGACGGCGUCGGCGGCGGAGGACGACGUGCUGCUGGCGCCGGAUGGGGAGGGGGGCGGGGAGGCGUCGGUGGCGGGGAGCCCGUGCUCGGUCGCCAGCGACUCUAGCAGCGUCGCGAGCGCCGACUUCGAAGGGGUCGGGCUGGGCUUCUUUGCCGCGGUGGAGGCCGGCGUCCCCGUGGUGCUCGAGGACGCGGCCGCGUCGGCAGCCACGGUCGAGGCCGAGGCCAGGGUCGCGGCGGCCGGUAGGAGCGUCUUCGCCGUCGACUGCGUCCCGCUGUGGGGGUACACGUCCAUAUGCGGCCGCAGGCCGGAGAUGGAGGACGCCGUCGCCACGGCGCCGCGAUUCUUCGACGUGCCGCUGUGGAUGUUCACGGGCAAUGCCGUCAUCGAUGGGUUCGACCCCAUGACGUUCCGCCUACCCGCACAUUUCUUCGGUGUGUAUGACGGCCACGGGGGUGCACAGGUUGCAAAUUACUGUCGGGAACGCCUUCAUGUGGCGCUAGUGGAGCAGCUGGGCAGGAUACAGGGGACCGUGUGUGCAGCUAACUUUGGGGAUGUAGAGUUCAAGAAACAGUGGGAAAAAGCCUUUGUGGAUUGUUUCGCUAGAGUGGAUGAUGAGGUUGGGGGCAAGGUGACCACGGGGGGAGGUGAUGGCACAGGCACAAGUGAUGCUGCUGCGGCAAUUGUGCCAGAACCUGUGGCACCUGAGACCGUGGGUUCGACGGCAGUGGUCGCUGUCAUCUGCUCCUCACAUAUCAUUGUCAGCAAUUGCGGUGAUUCAAGGGCUGUCCUUUGCCGUGGCAAGCAACCCGUGCCCCUCUCAGUAGAUCAUAAACCUAACAGGGAGGAUGAGUAUGCAAGGAUUGAGGCAGAGGGUGGCAAGGUCAUCCAAUGGAAUGGUUAUCGAGUUUUAGGUGUUCUUGCGAUGUCACGAUCAAUUGGUGACAGAUAUCUGAAGCCAUGGAUAAUUCCAGUCCCAGAGGUAACAAUAGUACCUCGGGCGAAGGAUGAUGAAUGUCUUGUUCUUGCCAGCGAUGGCCUCUGGGACGUAAUGUCAAAUGAAGAGGUAUGUGAUGUUGCCCGCAAGCGGAUACUUCUGUGGCACAAGAAGAAUGGCACAAGCUCAUCAUCAGCCCCACGGCUCGGUGAUUCCGCAGACCCAGCGGCUCAAGCGGCCGCUGAAUGCUUGUCGAAGCUUGCUCUUCAGAAGGGGAGCAAAGACAACAUCACCGUUGUUGUGGUUGACCUGAAAGCACAUCGUAAGUUCAAGAGCAAAACCUAACCCAGGAUGGCUCGAUGAACAACUGCAGCGACAAGUUGUUAGGAACCUAUAGAUUUGGAGAAUCCAAAUUCGUCAGUUUUAGUCCGCUAUCAGUAGUACAUUACUUAGCCCAGUUCUUUUUUUUUCUCAGUUCUUUUUAAAGCCAUCUGGGCUGCCAAGGGCUGUAUCCCACGUAUAUGGUACAGAUUGCGACCAUCAGGGUUUAUGUUUCCUGGUCGCGGUGAUGGUCCUAUUUUCCAUUCUUCUUACUUCGUUGCCCUGUAUUCUUUUUGUCAAGCUGGGCGUCCAUGUAUCUGGCAAUGUAUAUUUGAGCUUGUAGGGUGCAAAAGAAACAAGUGUUAUAAAGGGUUCUGUGUCCUGCCUGAUUUAAUUUGUGAAA